CAACCGCAGAAACCCAUAUAGAUAUUCAAAAUUGGGGACAAGAAGCAACAAGUUUUUCUUACUCUGAUUUUUGGUGGCUCACAUAACUACGCCCUGGAAACUUUAACCACGUUUCGAACCUAUAGUUGUCGUUGUGUUUUUUUGUUAACAAUCAGCAUCAAUGGCCAUGCUUUUGGCUCAACGAUCCGUUGGCCUUUCGGAGGGAUGGCAGCAGCAGCAGCAACAAGAUACCGAGCAGUUGGAUGUCGUCGAUGACGAGGGCACAGUCGAUGACAGUGAGACAGAAUCAGUAUUAGCGAUAAAUGACGACGAUGUAGAUCAAUUGAGUGAAGAGGAGCUCCGUCGGAAACUAAAAGAGUCCCUGGCGGUUUUACGGGAGAAGGAACGAGAUUUGACGAUUGCGGCGGAAGUGGGUCAGCAUCUCCUUGAAGCCCAUGCUGCGCUCCGCGAAGCCUACGAUAAUUACCUCAACGACACAUCCCGUAAAUCGGUAACUCGCCCCCCAACACUCAGCCGAUCCAACUCGACACCUUCAGCCCUCAAUUCCCGUGUACCAUCCUUUGACGUCCUUACACCAGAUACCAAGCGUCAAAAAAUCAAUGAUUUUGUCAAAUCGUGCGAAAACCUGUUUGCGUCCUCGGAGGUGUUGUUUGCGUCGCAGAAACUCAAGCCGCGACGAAAAAGACAAAAUGACUGGGGCCCGUCACUGGAUUACCUUGCUGGGUCGUCCUCCUUGGCGAAAUCUAUGGAGCUUCUUUCCGGGUUAAAGAAUAACCUUCGGAAAGACUCUUCAUUGCGCUCGGUGGGGAGCCAAGGCAAUGGAUCAGGCGCAGACUUGUCCGGCUAUGUUUCAACCCUCGAAAAACAAGCCCAAGAGUAUCAAGCGCAGAUUGCAAACUUGACGGCUGAAAUUAAAGAUUUGACCAUUGCACGGACCAAAGAAGCCGAACGGUAUGCCCUUCAUAUGGAUGAAACUCGUGCGGAACUUGGAAAGGCCAACGACAAGGUUGAAUCACUCUUGUUGACGAAUCGCGAUCUUCGUCGACAAAUUCGAGACAAUAGCAAAGAGCACACAUCAUUGGAGUUACAAGACCAAGCGCUCAUUGAUACCCUUACCAAGAAGCUUCGCGAAACUGAAGAAGCAUAUCAAAAACUCUUGCAAGAAAAGCAAAACGCCGAUAAUAAUCUCGACCAAAUCGUCUCUGAAGCUCGACGCCUACAAACCCUCGUCAAUCAACUUGAACGACAAGUUGGAGAUCAAGCAGACAUUAAAACCGUAUGCGAACAUCAACAAACCCUCAUCAACGAGCUCCAAGAGCAACUGGAGGAAGUCCGAGGAACCUAUACUGUAGAACGGGCUGAAUGGGAAGGAAGAACCCAACCCCGCGGCAUUGGAUCCGAACCACAAAACCAAGUUCCCGAACAAAAGAGCCUUCACGACAUUCUUCGUUCUGUCCCUAAACCCCUCCCAACCAUGACAACCGAACCAACCGCUCCAUCCACCCCAUCCGCUCGUCGGGUCUCGGCCACAGCGGCGGCAGUCGGUGUCCUCAUGCGAUCAGAACCCAAUCCACAACGCAUUGUGCAUCGUCCAUCCCUAGCAGAUGUUGCACAACCAAAUAGUUCGGCUUUGUUGUUUAAUUUAAUGUGGGGAUACGUUCGAGGGGUUAUGGGGCGGAGAGGAGAAGAGGAAGAGGCGGUCUGGAAUGCUGUUGUGGGCGGCAGUGGAGUGUUUGGGUGCAUCUAAAAAAUGGC